AUGUUCGACCGGGAGCGGGGCUGGAACCUGUCCUUCGCCGGCUGCGGCUUCCUCGGGGUUUACCAUGUGGGGGUGUCCAGUCCUAUAAUGGACACUGAGUGUUGUUCGGAUGUGAUGGAAGUGGCCAAGGAAGCCAGAAAGAGAAACCUGGGCCCACUACACCCUUCCUUUAAUCUGGUCAAGAUCCUGAAGAAUGGACUGUACAGAAACCUUCCUGAAAAUGCACAUGAAUUGGCAUCAGGCAAACUGUGUAUAUCCCUCACCCGAGUCUCCGAUGGAGAGAAUGUCUUGGUGUCGGACUUCAGCUCAAAGGAAGAGCUCAUUCAGGCUUUAGUAUGCAGUGCCUUUGUCCCAAUUUACUGCGGGAUCAUUCCUCCAACAUUUAGAGGAGUGCGUUAUGUGGAUGGUGGCAUUAGCAACAACUUACCUGAAUAUGAACUGAAGAACACCAUCACAAUCUCUCCUUUCUCAGGGGAAUCUGAUAUCUGCCCCAAAGAUAACUCCACCAACUUCCAUGAGCUGAGAGUCACCAACACCAGCAUCCAGUUCAGCCUGGGGAACCUCUACAGGUUAACGCGGGCACUUUUCCCACCAGAGCCCAAAGUUCUGGGAGAGAUGUGUCAGCAGGGAUACAAUGAUGCACUUCGCUUCCUAAAGGACAACAAUCUCCUAAAUGUGCCAUCACCUGCAAGAGAUCUUCCUUUAGCGGAGGAGAAGCCCCUUAUGUUUUCUCCCUGCAGCAGUCCGCAGUGCACAGUGUCCUCCAAUAUAAAGAAAGAAGAAGAGAAGGAAGUAGUGAAGAAGCCGGAGUCUUGGCCUUUAGAAAGAAGGAUAAUGGAAAAACUACCACCUACACUCUACAAAGCUUUGCAGGAGGCCUGUAAAGAGAAAGGGGGGCUCUACAGCCAGAUCACCAGUCUCCUGCCUGUGAGGGUGGCCUCUUAUAUGGCUCUCCCAUGUACCCUGCCAGUGGAAUCUGCUUAUUCUUUAGCGCUGAGGUUAGUAGAUUGGUUCCCUGAUAUCCCAGAUGACGUUCGCUGGAUGCGUUCUGUAGCUGGCUCUGUGUAUCGCCAGGCCAGCAAAAGGUUGCUCCCACCUAGUCCACCAGUUCGCAGCACCCUGAGAAAGUGCCUGACCCUCCCGUCUCCAUUCCACCAUGCCACCACCUAUCUGUCUCGCAAUACCUACUCCUCCAUGGACCUGGAAAGUUGGGUGUUUGACUUUUCCUCCCCUUUGAACUCCGAUGCUCUGAAUUCUGAUUUACACUUAAGGAAAUUUGCUCUCCCCUCUUUCGACCCCGACGACUCCGGAGUGGAAUUCCUCUCUGGUGAUGACCUGGACUCCUGUUCCUCUUCAGAAGUGAAUUUCUAGGUGUUACUGGAACUGUGUAAGAAGUUUCAGUCUGUGGUGAAUUCUCAGGAUUUAAAUGUACAAGCAGUUUUACACUUGACACUGCGCAUUAGCUGUUUUACAGCAGCCCCCAAGCUACACAACACUACUAUCGCGGUCUAGACCUAACACUUGGAAAGUUCUCAUCUUAUGGAUAUUACUUAAGAGUGAGUCUUAAAGGAGAGCUCCACACACCUAAUAAUUUAUCAGAGAAAUGUAAUUAGGGAAUUA